AUGCCUUUUAAACAUUCCUUCCAUUUAUCAGGUUAUGGGCGGUCGGCCGCAGCAAAGAACAAAACUCGCCAAGAUUUGAAGUAUAGAAUUCAAGAGUUCAAUUCCAGACUGCAACCUGCACUUAUUCAAUGCAACCAGGCCAAGACUACUUUCGUUACUCUGUCGGACCUAUGGUCGUGUAGUCGGAUGGAGGUACUUGACACGCUGCCGGCCGUUGCGCGAGAGAUCGACAGACACCACCACAACGUCAACAUCGCCAGCCUGACGGGAACGUCUUCAAGCAUUGCUGGCGGCACCGCUGCUAUCGGAGGACUCAUUUUGGCACCAUUCAGUGGAGGCGUCUCCUUAGCCUUAUCUGCUGGUGGCUUAGUGGGUACCGUGGCUGGUUCAGCCACUACUCUUGGUGCAAACCUAGCAGAAGUCUACCUGACCAAAGAACUCACAGAACAAGCCUCAAAGGUUUUACAAGAAGAUGCCUUCUACACCAAAGCACUAAGUGACGCAUUCCGCGAAGUCAUCCUGCAUGAGCAACAGGUGAUAUCCAUCCUUGCUGAGCUCAACAAUGAAUCCUUGAUGGAGGACUUAGGCAAGGUCCUACAAGUGUCGCCUGCCUGUGACGAGGAACUCGAAAGGAGGUUCCGACAUCUCAAAGAAGGAGCCAACUCUCUGGAUGACAUCGUCACCCUCGUCAGGUGCCUAUAUCCGGAAGACAGAGCUUUCCUGCAGCAACUGAACAAGACGGAUAAUCUAUUUGGAGGUGCACCCACGUUUUCACGCACACUUUCAUCCUCUUCUGAUUUCUUCCAGGCCAUGAAAGAGCUGGCUACUCUUGGUCCCGAAACCAUCAAAAAAAUAAGUGGCGCUGCUUUACAAAGUACCACUGCUGAAGCAACCUGGGCAGCCACUGGUGCUCAGGUUGCCUCUUUUACCACACAAAUGAUUGCAGCUGGUUUGGGAGCCAUUUUCGUGGCACUGGACAUCUAUCAGUUCAUGAAAACUUCCGAAAACUACGACAAGGGUUCCAAGACAGAACUUGCUGAGCGCAUGCGUAUGGUGGCUGAGCAACUUGCGCUAGAAAAGCAACAAAUUGAAAAAUUGAGCGAUUUGUACAGAAAGCAAUUAAAUGUGGAUGUACUGAAGGAGACAUCCUGAUAGUAAUAAAAUAAUUGAAUGUGUAUAUUUUUCUAGCAUCGAAAAUAACGCAAUCAAAUUGUUAAAUCAUCGAGAGAAAAUUAAUUUUAUUGAUUCGUAUCUUCAAGAACAAUGUACGUCAGAAGCAUGUUAAAAUACUUUUGGUAUAACAUGAAUUUCGAUAUAAAAAGUUUUCAUUCAUCAAAAACAUUUUUUACCAGUAAUAUAUUAAAAUAUUUUUAAUAUCAUAGUCUGAUAAGAAUAUUUUAUGAACACGGAAAACAGCCUCCAUCCGAUGUACAUAUUCAGUGCUUUAUUCCCAAAGAACUCACUUAUAAAACAUAAACAUUCUGAGCAAAACACUAUAAUGGCAGCAGAAGAAGCAUUGAUUAAGGAACUUGCAAGUGAAGUCUAAUUCUCACUAAUAACCAAACAUUAAAAGACGGUUUAGUUUUGAUAAUACGCGAAUUUUCAUAACGAGAUGUAGACUAUUUUUGGAAAAUGUUUACAUUGCUUAAAUUUGUUUGUGAAUUAUAACCUAAGAAAAUGUGAUAAUAAAAUUUUUGUAAAAAAAAAAUUCAUACACUAAAGGGAACUAUGCAAAUUACUUAUCUGUGAUAUAUGAUACUGUAAAGCUUUUCAAUACUGUUAAAAAUUAAUUUAUUAAAUGCCCAUAUUUUUUAUCACAGUGUUGUCGUAUGUAGUUCUUUGUGUU